CCUACUACCUAAGGCCCUGUGUGGGCAACUUCACGUACAUACCGGUGGUUUUGUCACUGCAAAAAUCCACGAGUAUGCAAGUCGCCAAUGCAGGUGGAUAUGCCUGUAUUAUGACUCGGUGGUAUGGCAGGCCGCCACACCUGAUGUAGUAGUGCAUACAUAAGUAUAUGACUCACCUCGUGUUGUUUCGAAUGAUAAACUUGGUAGUGGACACCGUGGCGUAUACGCAAUUUCUUGUGACGAUCUCGGCGGGGGGGGGCUUGAUGGGGGCAACCAGGCCAAAUUGGCCUUCGCAUGGCUGCUGCUGACGCGUUUGUUGUUGCCCAGGACGUAAGGACUUCGAAGAGCACUUGGAACUGUGGGACGGCAUCAAGCCCAAGCGCGGGAUUAGCUGGACAAUCACCUUCUUCUUGACCACCUUGCCGAUGUUGUCGGCCAUGACGCGCAGCGUGAUGACAUACUUGGUGAUUUGGACGGUGGCGGCGAGAAAAGUACGCGGCCUCGAGCACUCCUGCACACGACUGGUCAAAGAUCGGAACAACCGACGACGGGGUCGUCUCCGACGACGGGGUCGUCUCCGACGCAUCCCACAGAUCCGGCUCGCUCUUGGUAAAGUCAAAUGGAAAGAACUUGAUCAGCAACGACCAAUCGAUGGGGUCGAUGGCGUCCUCCAGGAACAUCGUCGGGGUCUUCGAGCACGGAACAGAUGGAGCUGCCUGUGGGUGGCCUUUGUCUUCCAUCACCUGCAUUUGGGGAGUCGCGUUGUUGCGCGCGGAAAACAUACGACCAGCCACAAGGUUGUUGAUCAUGUGUGGGGUAGGAUACCAGCACACAGCCGCGCACAUGCAUCGCCGUACCAAGCGCUCAAGUAUAUCCGCAGGUCUUGAGACCCCCAGCCUAGGGGUCUUAAGCCUGCGGAUGCGUUUGAGGAUACCACCAAGCACGCAAUGAUCGCGGUGGUCGCGAUGGCGAUGAUCAACCAAUGGAGCACCAUGGCGAGCUGGGAAUGACCAGAUAAUGCAUGCGUGCAAAUCGGUCAGUGCCUCGUAGGUUUAUG